GUGUGUGUUUCAGAAGCAUCUGACACUGUUCAGUGGAUGCUUCUGUUUGAUCAGCUUUUUUGUGUUAUAGUUAAAUCCAUUCCUUAUUCCGGAAUACUGCGCAGUUAUUUCCUCGUUGUAGGUCUACUCCUGAGGCCGUUUUACCAUAUUCACUCUAGCAGUGGAUGGAUACCCAUAAUCCUAGUUAGGUCAUUCAAAACUGGCCUGAGAACGUUAGGCCUAUUGGUUUCAUCUUCACUUUAUUUUUGUUCAAACAGCUCUUCUGGACACCAUCAGCCGCCUUAUUUCUCAAUCAAAAUAGGAGUGGGUUGAUUGUUCAUAUUGCAUGGUUUACUGUACCUGCUGAAGAUAUACCAUAAUUAAUUGCAAAUAUUGAUGCCGAUGAAAGUGUGCAACAAUAGAAGCAAAAAUGUUUCCGUAAAUGUGGAAUCAAGUCCGCAUCUAAUUCAGCUGAUAUUUCACCUGUGGCGUACAGGUUGACGAGAUCCAACUUCACCUCUUCAUGUGCAUUUAGAAGCAAAGCAGCAAAAGGGCUGCUAAAUAAAUCGAGCAAAGACUUUGCCUUAUCAAGAGCGGUGAAAUGACUGAUUAUCCACAGUCAGGAAACCUGACAGAGACUGGGAGAGAAAUGCGCUCACGACAUGAGCUUCCAUACCACAUCCUAUGUCACUGUUGGUCAUAAAACACCAUACAAGUUGGAAGCUAUCAACUGCUGUUGCAAUCUUGCACUUGGAAAUGAAAAAGUUGGAAUGCAACUAACCAAAGCAUUUGCACCUUAUCUUAUUUCACAGUUGGAUUGCUUCAGCCAUGUAUUCCUGGAUAUUUGCCUCUGGACUCUUGGAAACUUGGCAGGAAGUGGUGAGAAGCCUUGGUCAAUAUUAAAAACUCAAGGUCUUUUACCAAAGAUUCUGCAACUCAUUGCCAUGGGAAGUGUCAUUCAGUCAGCAGUUUAUGCUCUUAUGAUGUACACAAGGACAGGGAUCACUUUUCUAGAGGACCAUGAGCUUGAGUCAAUUGCUGUGGAAAGUUGCCCGUUGAUGUCAACAGAACCAACUGUUAACUGGGUCAUUUAUCUUCUGAGCUGCACUGAAAAGUGUGAUAUAAUCAUGCUUAAAAAUUCUGUUGUCUCAAAAGCAUCGAGCCUUUUGCUGGAAUUGGUGAGAAAACUUGCCAGUGAAAAUGAAAGCAAUGAUAUAGUGACUGUAACAGCACUACUUAGAAUUAUAGGAAACUUGUGUGGAGGAAGGGAAGAAUGUGUAGAGGAACUGAUGCAGGGAGUAGAUUCUAAGAAACACAUGCUUGAAUUGUUUAGGACACUUCUAAGUUCUCCAUAUCCUCAUCUAAGAUGUGAAUCAUUGUGGGUUAUUGGAAAUGUUGCCAAACAUUUGUGUGAACCAGAGAUCUUCUUAUCACAACUGGAACCAAGCCUUAGUAACACUCUCAAAGCCAACAUUACACUGAAUAUAUAAUAAUAAAUGUGUAAUAAUAAUUGGUGUCAAUUUAAUAUUUUGUACCUUGAUGAUAAGGAAUAUAUAU